ACAUGGAUGUGGUUGAGCUCGCGCGCAGUAACGACUCCGAGUACGAGUACGAUUACUCGGAUUAUUACACGUUAGAUGCGCUGGCGGACUUCCGGCCGUGUGAGAAAGAUCAGGUGAAGAAGUUCAGCCGUUAUUUCCUGCCCGUGUUCUACUCGGUCGCGUGCGCGCUCGGUCUGCUGGCGAACUUCACCCUGCUGUUCGUGCUCGUGCGCAGCAAACCGGCGAGGCGCGCGCAUGCCGCGUGCGUGCUGUGCGCCGACCUGCUCUUCACGUGCACGUUCCCGUUCUGGGCGGUGUACGCGGCGACCGACUGGGUGUUCGGCGCGCGCGCGUGCAAAGCCGUCACGCUGGUGUACGCGGUGGGUUUGUACGGCGGCAAUCUGUUCGUGGCGUGCGCGGUGCUGCGGAGCUGCGUGGACGUCGUGUGCGCGUUCCGGUGCCUGGGACGAGUCAGAGAGACCAAGAAGAACGUCGUGUGGUGCGCGUGUGUGUGGAUGCUGGCGUGUCUGGCCGCCGCUCCGCACCUGACCUUCGUGGAGGAGCACCACGUGGAUGGCGAGAGCCACUGCUCGUACCAGUACACCCACGGCUGGAAGAUCUACAUGCGCCUCCAGCUGGCCGUCCUCAUCUUUUGGAUUCCGUUCCUGCUCUUGCUCAGUUCCUCCGUCACCUUGUUCCUGCGCACGCAUUCCACAGGGCGUUCCAGGAUGCUCAGGCGUGCCAUCAUCUCCACCGGGCUGUUCUUCGUGCUCUGGUUUCCAUACACGGUGGUGCUAAUGCUGCACGUUCUGGCGAUGCAUGUGGGCUCGGAGUGCGGCACAAGUCUGCACCUGGACUUCGCCAUCCAGAGCACAGAGUGCAUCGCCUUCGCUCGUGUCUUCAUCAAUCCCACAGCAUACGUGCUGCUCAAUAAGCGAGCGUGGAGGGUGCUCAGAGGGGCGUGCGUGCGCCCGAGGGAAUACCUGCUCAACGGGUCAGAGAACAUGGACAGCACGUCGAGUCAGGACAGCGGUGUGGAGUUAAGGGCUCUCCAAAGUGUCCAGGGCUUCUCAAAUCCUGAGUAUGAGCGAGGGACCGCUGAGAAACAAGGCCACUUACUACCACAUGUCUCAUAACCUCAAGUGCCUCAAGGUUGGACUAAGCAAGUGGAGAUUCAUGAAGUACACAUCAUGCUUAGCCAGAUGUUUAGCUAACAGGUCUACACAUCCGCAAACAAUGUUCUGCUGCUUAUAUGAAGAGUCAGUGUUUUCUGAAUAUAGCUGUAUUACUGGAUAUGUAGUGGAUGUUCAUUAUGUCUAACUAUUACAGAUAUUUUAAGUUCGUUUCU